AUGGCAAAGCCCAUGAAUUACAACAUUAUACGUAGUUGCAUUCGGCGUGUAGCCUUUUCUCAACAUCUCCUCAAACAUCACAACAGCAUUUUCCACACAGUCCUUCUUGCACAGUACCUGAAUCAGGGCAUUGUAAGUGGCGACAGAAGGGAGCACACCAGCUUCACACAUCUCAUCAAAUACCUUUUUCGACCUUUCCACCUCACCCGAAAUGCCAAGUCCGUGAACCACAGUCGUGUAGCUCACGACAUCAAUUUCUACCUUUCUCCUUUUCAUCUGCAAGAAAAAUUCCCACCCUUCUUUGAUCUGCCCUGCCCCAAAAUAACCCUUGAGCAGUGUAUUAUACGUGGUCAGGGUUGGCUCCAAACCCCUCUCGACCAUCUCCUUCACGACUUCCAAGGCGCGUGGGAGAACGUCGAGGAAGGUGUUGAACGAGUUCAGAUCUUGCUGGCAGCCGUGCUCGUGCAUGGACAGGAACACCUUGACGGCCUUGUCGGCUUUUCCGGCGGAAACGUACCGCUCGGUGAUUAUGGCGAAGGUUUUGGGGGAGGGGCCCAAUUUCAUGGACCGCAUUCGGCUCACGAGGGCCCACGCGGACUUGUAGUCCCGCAAUCGGGCGGCGAUGUCGAUGGCGUGGUCGAAGGCGGCGGCGGAGUGGCAGUGCGGGGAGUGGUGCCGGUCGAGGAGGUCGAAGAAUUGGAGGGCUUUGGGGCCAUGGUUCCAGAGACGUUUGAGGACUGUCUCGACUAG